GUUGAGAUAAGUUUCGGAGAUUUAUAGAGAAGAGAGUGAGGUUUGGUUCAGUUCGGAGCCACACAAGCAUGUCGAGGCAGAGCUCCAAAGUGGAAGCUAUCUAUGAACUGUGUAAAAAGACGUUCAGGCCCUCGGGGAUUCCUCCCCCUUCAGCUGAAGCUGUCAGCAAGCUCUCUGCUCUUUUGGACACAGUUGUUCCUGCCGAUGUUGGACUUCAAGAGGAAAAUCCAGAUGAUGAUCGAGGGCUCGGUUCUUUCAGACUUGACAACCUAAAUAGAGUUACUCGAUGGACUCAACCAAUAACAUACUUGAAUGUGUAUGAAGGUGAUACUUUUACGAUGUGUAUAUUUUGUUUCCCGACGUCCUCGGUCAUUCCACUUCACGAUCACCCGGGCAUGACUGUUUUUAGCAAAGUUCUUUAUGGCUCUUUGCAUGUGAGAGCUUACGAUUGGGUGGAGCCUUCCCAGGAAAGCAGGGGAUCAAAUUAUUUUCCAGUAAGAUUGGUAAAGCUGGCAGUUGACAAAGUUGUAACGGCACCAUGUGGAACAUCAGUUUUGUACCCAAAGAGUGGGGGGAAUCUGCAUUCUUUCACUGCAGUCACACCGUGUGCCGUUCUUGACAUCCUUGCUCCUCCUUAUGAUGAAAAUUUGGGCAGAAAAUGCACCUACUACCGUGACUACCCAUAUACUGCCUUCUCUACAGAGGUUAAGGUAGAUGAGGAAAAAGAAGAGGACUAUGCAUGGCUUGCUGAGACAGAACCUACUAUCUAUAUGCGAGGGGGAAACUACACUGGACCAACUAUUCAGGUUUAAUCUUCAUCAAUAACCAGUGAUGAUCAUUCAGUGAGCCCAUUCUUGUUAUGGUAUGUGGUUAAGCUUUGGAAACCCCACGAAGCAUAUUGUUUUGGUCGACUGCACAAGCCUAGACAGAGGUAACUGAGGUGAUUCAGGUCAUUCCGCUCUGCAUAAAAAGCUCUUUGAUGAAGGAUUUUGUGAAUUGUGAUAAACUUUUGCAUAGCCGGAUAGAUAGU